AUGUCAUGGCCACCAGAGAUUCUUUACCAAAUUCUAUCCUAUCAGUUUAGGGAUUUAAUGAGUAGUGAUUAUCCUAAUAAUGCUGAAAAGUUUAACGAAAAUUUUAGAACAUUCAUCAAUAGUAAUUUGACUGUUAAUAAGGCAUUCUCACAUAUUUGUCAGGUUCUUAUCUAUAGAUAUUGUAACUUGACCACGGCAAGAAGAUUUCAUCACCUUUUAAACACAUUGAAAGAGCAUAGGGAACUGCGAAAUGCUGUGCAGAUUGUAGAUUUCCAAGAGUUAACAUCAAUUGGACUAGGUAGAACCGGUGAAAUGAAUAAAAUGAUCAAAAACUUAACCAAUGAAACUUUAUUGGAGUUUUUGCAUUUGACCAAGUUUACACUAAGAGAAUUUUUGGCAUGUGAACAUAUUCAAGAUGACCUCGAUGAAAAUAUCAUAUAUUUUCUACUGCGGCCUGGGACUGUUUUAAGUGUAUUGGAUUUUUGUGGUUGUUCAGGUGCAAGAUUCACAGAGAGUUGUAUUGUAUCACUUGAUAAAUUGUAUCGAUUUGACAAAGAAAGACAAAUUGAUUUACCCAUCGAAGAGAAUUACCAAAUAACUUGUUUGGGACUUAAUGAUUGCACAGAUUUACCUUCAUAUGUUCUCGGUAGAAUGCUUAGGAUGUUACCAGAGUUACAAAAAUUGGAUUUAUCUCAUACUUCCAUUGAUGACGACAUUUUACUCAAUAAGAUACCUCAUCUCAAAAAUUUAACACAUUUAUCAUUAGCCAUGUGUUUGAAAUUAUCUCCAAGAGCGAUUCUAGAGUUUUUCAGCUAUCAUCCAGCUGUAACUGAUGAAAACAAUUUAGCAACAUUAGAAUGGUUAAAUCUUUAUACAAUGCCGCAUUCAUCUUCGUGGUCUGAAGUGCACACACUUUUCCUUUUAAAAAAACUAUGCCAGUAUGGACACAAUAAGACUUUACAAUAUUUGAAUUUGAGCGGUAUGUCACUACAUGAAUCUAAUGACACCACUGUUACGAGAUCCACAUUCUAUUUCCAAUGUCAUGAUGCAUUAACAUUUAUUAAAUGGAACUUCCCCAAAUUAAAAAGUUUAAGCAUUGCAGGAAAUAAUAUUCCGGUACCCAAACUAUGUGAAUUUCUAACGCCAAUUUCCCCCGAUACGAUGUCAGAUAAUUGGUGGUUACACGAGGAUCAAAACAUGCAACAGUUGAAAUUUUUAAACGUUUGCAACAAUUCAUACGUGAACAGAUGGACAAUUCAGGAUUCUGCUCUUUAUACAUGUUCGCCAAGUUUAGUCUGCUUAGAGGUAUCAUUUGAUGCAUGGCAAAUGAUCGAAAAAUCAAAUUCAAGACAUGAAAUUACAGUCUUACAUUUUAAAAAUCCCAACUCCUUUUUGAAGGAUACAGCGGAUGCGGAAGUUAUCAAAUGGAAAUGUUAUAUCGGUUCAUCAUAUGGUAGAAGGUACUGGAUCUAUAAAACAGAUCCGUAUUUAAACAGAGAUGAUUUACAAACUACAGGGAAUGUGACCAGGUACGAUUCAGAGGGUAAUAAAAUAAUUGAGAUUGUUAAACAACCAGAUUUCCUCAAAUUUGCUCAAAAUAAAAUCAUGCUUGGUUGUGGAUUUAUCCCACUUAGCGGUGUUAGAAGGAAGAAAUGCUAUAGAGAUUUGAAACCCCCAAUUUCACAAUUUUUCACAAGAAAUGGUGGGGUUACGUUGGGUAGUAGAUCAACCCCGAUUAUAACUCCUAUGUUACCACCAGGUGGUUGGAGAGUUGUAUCUAACCAUGAGCAGGAAGACGGAGCAUCGCUGAGCGAUGCUAUAAUGGAAGAGGAUGAGGAUGAAGAUGAAGAACAGGAAUUCGAUGACGAUAACGUUUCAGAUACUUACAGUGCAAGUGCAAGUUCAACAACAUUUUCACGUACCACAAGUCUAGGAAGAAUGAGAAGCGGUCUCUAUUGGGAUAGAUCUAUCCAUGACCUACACUCAAGAUUCAUGGAGUCAGAUAUAAUGGAUCCGCUACCAGAACCUUCAAUACCCCCCAGUAUUGGUGAAGAAGUUGAGGAGAACGAUGAAGAAUAUUUGAACGACCCCAGUCUACAGAGAAGGAGGUCCCAGUUAAAUCUACAGAGGUCAAGACCACCAUCUCUUCACCACAGACAUUCAGCAUUGGAUUCAUCGGCGUCUAUAUUACUGCCUCUAAGGAAAUUGCAAAAUUACUAUUAUGCACAUCCACAAGAAUUUGUUUAUAAUCCAAAUGACCAGGAAACAACACUCAAAUAUCAAUUACAUUUCCAAGUAAUUGAUGAAUACCAAGUUUUUGGCUGUAUAGAACGCGGUAUGUAUAGAUAUUACAGCCUAAGAGCGUAA